UACCGUCAUAACUCUGUUGCGAGGAAAUGCAACCCUAUGGCUAUAUUGAUUGGUUGUGUUGUAUAUUGUUUGUCUGGUAUGAUUGUUGGAGAUGUGAUGAUUGUUGAGAUUGCUGGAGAUGUGAUGAAUGUUGAGAUUGUCUGAAGUUGUUCUGUGAAAGCCGUGUUGUAUGCUAGAACUUUUUCUGUCAAGUGACUCUCGGAGAAUGUAUAUAUAUAUACAUAUAUAUAUAUAUAUAGAUAUGUGAGAGCUAGCUAGAUUGGUUAUAUGUUGUUGAGAGUUAUGAAAAGCAGGUUUUAUAUGAAUAGUUUAUGUGAUAAUGGAUAUCGAGGGAAUAUAGAGGAAAUUCAGCUGAAAUUUCGAGUCGUGACAUGACAUUAUUGGGGUCACUCAGAAAUUCGAAUUCGAAAAAGAAAAAAAAAUUGCCGAUGUUCCGUGAGCAGUUCCGGAUCAGUAUGGCGUAGAAAAACAUCAUAAAGAUAUACUUUUAUCGUAACAACUACAGCACGAGGGAGCAUAGUUUUUUGAUGCAGGUACAUAACCUAGAAGGGUAACGUUUCCCGGCCUCUUCUCGUGAAGCGUAUUUCAUGAUAUGCAUAUGGCUCUCCGAUUAAGGUCGAUUCUCUUAUUAUUAUUAUCUCAGUAAGCAAAUGUUUAAGUGGAUGUUACUCGUCAUUUGUCAGGAGAACUCCACAUUAAAAAGAGUUUUAGCAAGUUAGCGGGACCCGCGUGGAUCGAUACUGCUCAUCACCACAUGUUGCUGAAUAACAUCGACUGAGUCGAAAUGAGAUUCGAGAUUAGAACGGUGAAUCUAAAGUAAUACUGAUUUCAUGAGAUGUGGCAGUCCUGGCAGCCCGCAAGCCAGGACAACUCGCCAACAGGCGCCGGCUCCCUAAGUGGCAGUGCUGGGAACAGACAGUCCCUUGGGUUCGAGAGUUUGUACAAUACGGUCACGGUGAAGAACAUGUCAUCUGCAGGGAAGCCUGACUCCAAGAUUAGAUGCGGCCAGUGCGAGCAGCAGAUUAGGCCCAUCUGGACAAGGCAGGCAAUCCGCUGCCCCUUUUGCUAUAACAUCAUGCCGAUCACGAUGAUGCAGCCCGCAAACCAGGACAACUCGCCAACAGGCGCCGGCUCCCUAAGUGGCAGUGCUGGGAACAGACAGUCCCUCGGGUUCGAGAGUUCCUACAAUAGGGUCACGGUGAAAAUCUCGGGGGCGCGUAGUUACUGCUCCGAUUUGUCUUCUUAUAGUAGGUCAUCAUCGAAAGGCCUGAGUGGAGACAUGAUGAUGCCCAAGUAACGGCUGAGGAAGCGGGCCGUGCUCUGUGGGGUGACUUACAGGGAGAGGAAGUACAAACUUAAGGGGACCCUCAACGAUGUGAAGAGCAUGAAACAGUUGCUGAUGGAAAGAUUUGGGUUUGUGGAGGAGAGCAUCCGCAUCCUCACAGAAGAGGAGAAAGACCAGCGGAGAAUCCCGACCAAGAAGAACAUCCAGGAGGCACUGGACUGGCUUGUACAGGACAGCCGGUCCGGGGACUCGCUCGUCUUCUACUUCUCAGGUCAUGGUCUACGGGUGCUAGAAAAUAUAGAGGGUGACGAACUUGACGGCUUCGACGAGAGCAUCUGCCCGGUCGACUUCACCAAGGAAGGCACGAUCCUCGACGACGAGAUAAACUCCAGGAUCAUCCGGCCUCUCAAGGAAGGCGUCACCCUCCAUGCCAUUGUUGAUUCCUGUCACAGUGGGACCAUCCUAGACCUGCCCAAUGUUUAUGACUAUAAAUUGGGAAAGUGGUCGGACAAUAGACCUCCCUCAGGUGCCACGAAAGGGACAAUGGGUGGACUUGCCAUCAGCUUAAGUGCUUGUGCUGAUGCAGAAAUUGCUGCAGAUACCUCUUAAGCAAGAACCCUGCAGGCCUCACAUAUGGUAAAUUGGUCAGGUCAAUGCACGAAGUCAUUGAGGAAGCUAACAAGUCAAACUGUUUGAACUCUUCCUUUCUCUCAAGGAUCUUCCAUGCCAAACUCUUCCAGAAACCCGUCCUGUCUUCCUCGGAGAUAUUCGAUGUUAACUGGAAGCAGUUUGAGCUCUAGAAUCUAGAAUGCACUAGUGAUUCCAGAAGAUCAUGGAGGAAUUGCCAAGCGAUCCGCAUAAAAUUACAAUUUAUGGUCAACCAGAAAAUAAAGAAUAAGGCAAUUGUGAAUCUGCAGAAUAUUUGCAGCCUUCCUUUCCAUUUCGGGUCCCAUACUGCCGAAGUUUAUCAGCUUUUCCAUGACCGCAAUUCAAGCGUGAAAUUCAUCUGCCGACUGUUGUACCCAGUAGGGAAAUCUUCGGUUGUAAUUCUGAGUUUCAGCUUUCUGCUUCUUUUUAUCUUCGUUAUGGAAUGAUCUUUUGAGUUAGUCCAUGGAAUUCGAUUCGAUCCAA